AUGGUGUUAUGGCUGAAUAAAGUGGUUCUGCAAUCCAGAAAUGUUAACUCCCAGUUUCGAGCUGUAGUCGGCAAUGGUUCUGAGGUUCGCUUCUGGAUAGAUAAAUGGCGAGGGGAGUUGCAGUUUAAAGAUGCUUUUCCAGCUUUGUUUAGUGUGGCAAAGGACAAAUAUGCUUCGGUGGCUGAAUCAUGGGAUAAUGAGGCUGGAAUUUACUGCUGCAGGUGGAACAGGAGCUUGUCGAAUGCUGCUGAGUUUGAGCAGGCUGAUCAGAUAACUUCUCUGCUGAACGGUUUUGUGUUAACUGAUUCGGACGACCGUUGGGUUAAGAUUUUUGUUUGGCGGCUCGAGAUGGACCGUAUUCCGACCAGGGCUGCUCUUCGAAGACGGCAUAUCAACCUCCAAGAAGUUUCAUGUGCUUUGUGUGAAGCGGAAGAAGAGACGUCGUUACAUCUUUAUACCGGAUGUGGUUUUACGUUUAGGGUUUGGUCGGCGAUUGGUGCUUGGUGCAAGAUAGACCCUUUUUUCGUUUUUGAUGUUAAAGAUUUAUUAAAGCUUGCGAAUGGGAGAAGAAUUAAGGAAGAAAACAAAAUUAUUCAAGGUAUUGUUAUGGUUUCCAUGUGGGUUAUUUGGAACGCGAGGAAUGAAAAGAUCUUUAGAGACAAAGGUGCGAAAGUUGGAGAGCUAGUGGCGUCUAUUAAAUCUUUGUCCUUUAUUUGGCUAAGGUCAAGAUCUAGGUUUAAAAAGAUUGUUUGGAAGGAUUGGAUGGUGAACCCAUUGUAUAUGUUGUAG